UUUACAUUGCGACAUCAACUUCUCACGGACAUUUAAAUGUUAAGAGAUGGAAAUUCAUUCAGCAGUUUUUCUGUGGUACUUCACUAUAAAAACACAACAGUUCGUUAAACAAGAAACCGGAGAUGUUUACAGGGUGAUUUAAAUGAGGGAUCAAAGCGUCCGUCGAGCUCACAGCAUGAAGACUGAAUACUAAAACGAAACACACUAAAAACAUAGAGCUUAUUAUGUGCUCUACUGGUACUGACACGAGCGACAUUUUCACAUCACAGGAAACCCUGUUGGAUGUAAUUGACACUGGGAGUGGCCUAAAGCUGAUGACAGCCACACCCCACCUGAUCAGUUUGGGCAGUGUGCAUCUCAACUUUUCCAUAACUUUAAUAGCGCUUACAAAAGAAUUGAAUCACAUUGCCUGUGAGGAUGCAGGGUUACCACAAGAUAAUCCAGGGCUGCAGCCGCACCACUGUGUCAUCACCAACAGAGAUGGAGUAAUAACUUUACACCCUGGUGAAAAUAUCAGUCUGGAUGGAAUUCGUGUCAGCAAGCCAACGGAGCUCACACAUGGGUGCGCUCUUUGUCUGGGUAAAUCUUUCUUCCGUUUCAACCACCCAGAAGAGGCGAAACGCAUGAAGAACAUGCUGCAGGAGAAGACUGCCGGACCCACGCUGUCCCUUAGCACGGAUGCAACCAAGCUUCAUUCAAAUGGUGGCACAUUGGGUGGAUCAAGUGUCCGUGGCACUCGCUCGAAGGCGGAGCUUCAGGAGUUGAUGGAAAGCUUACAGCGCCGGAAAUCAGCUUUGGAAGCCAGUUUAAAGGCUACAGCAGAACGAGGUUACAUCGCUCUGUCCUCACCCCCGAGUCCCCAAUCAGCUUCUAACUAUCUACAAGAGCGCCCGCCUCUUUCAAUCAGAGUCCCCUCUCCUUACACACCAACCAGCAACUUGAGCAUGCCACCAUCCCCCCACCAAUCAGAGCGUCCAUUAAGCCCAGUCCCAAACCAAUCCCGAACCCGUCACCAAUCACAAGACAACCUCUUACUUUGCCAAUCUUCUGACAUGCGGCAACCCAACGCUACCACCUCGCUUCUCUCCAUGUGGAACGGCUCCAAUUCGUCCUACGUGAACGAAAGUCUUCCUCCAUCUCGCCGAGGUCCGAGCGGGGCAGCCAGCAUGCCCUCCAGCCCUCGCUUGGGGCGGAGGUUGUUCGCCAGAGACGGGGAUUUAGCCGCAGAGCCGACGCUCCGGCAAAGGAAGUACUCCACCGGCUCCCUGAAUGGCCUGGGAGGACAUAGCCGCUCUCUGCCUCGGCUGUAUCGUGGAGACACCCCUAUGCUUUCUUUGCCACCCCGUCGCACCAAACCACGUCGCAGCCUUCCAGCCAUGGAGAAACCCCCAGAUGUGACGGUGAUAGCCAGCAUGCCCAGCAGCCCCCGUAGGGCCAGCCUCUGUUCUGUGGGCUCGGCCCCGUGUUUGGACCUGGGUGUAGGAGAAAGGCGCCAGUCUUUUGGUAAAGGAGGAGUGGGGCCAGGGAUGGGGCAGAGGAGGGGUAGUAUCAGUUCGCUGAGUGGAAAAGAAGAGUUGAGAGAUUAUCAUCAGAGACAAAGAGAUGAGAGACUCAGAGAACAGGAGGUGGAGAGACUGGAACGACAGCGUCUGGAAACCAUCCUGUGCCUAUGCUCUGAGCUUGGCCGAUCUGAUUUCAGUCGGACGGAGACCGACUCGGGCGUCUCGGCCGUGUCUGACCUGCAGAAGAUCAAUCGUGAGCUGGAGAAGCUGCAGGUGUCGGAUGACGAGUCCGUGUUUUCGGACUCUGCCGGAGUGUCUGUGGAGAGCGGGUUUGUGGGUAAGACUCGGGGAGAGAUCAUGACCCAGAGGCAGCGCAGACUCAGUGGACACAUACCCCAGUCACCCACAACUUCCAUGCGAAGCUCAGUCCCAUCACCCUCGCUACAUCUUCGCAACAAGGUGUCUGAAGACAUGCAGCUGCGACAAGAGGUCACACGUAUAGAAGAGGAAAGAAUUCAGGUGCUCAACAAUAUUGAGGAACUGGAACAGAAGAUCAGAGAUCUGGACACACAGAUGGACGAGUCGAUCAGGGAGAUGGAGGUAGAGCGAGCUCUUCUGGAUGGGGAGCAGGAGGCUGAGUUGGCUCAGCUACAAAGCGAUAAAGACGAGCUGGAACAACUCAAGGAAAAAAUGGGCAGCAUGGAGAAAAGUGCUCAAAACAAUCAAACUCAGGACAAAGCCCUGUUGGAGGCAGAAAGAGUUAAAAUAGAGAGGCUAGCUGAGCUGAUCUCAGAACAGAGGACCCAGUUGGACAACUGUCCAGAAGCACUGAAGGAGCAGCUCCACAAUCAGCUAUCCAGGGACAACGAAGCUUUGGAAAUACAGACAAAGCGUUUUGAAGACUUGGAGUUUCAGCAGUUAGAAAAAGAAAGCCGUCAAGAUGAGGAGAAGGAGACUCAGACGCAACAUCUCCUCCAAGAGAUGGCUGAAUAUCAGAGGUCUCUCAUAAAUCGCAAGGAGAGGCUGCUUACUCUUAAGAAGCAGUCGACUCAGAUUACCCAGCAGGCUCAGCGGGAAAAAGAAAACUUUUUAAAGGAGAAGAGCAAUCUUAUUUAUAUGCUGCAAAGGGAGCGUGAGAAUCUCUCUGCUCUGGAAAGAAAGUACGCUGAACUUACAGGUGGUCAGGCCUUUCCUCUCAAUCCUGUGUCUAUGAAGCAGCACUUUCGCUCGCUGGAGGAAAAGAGGCGGAGCAAUGGCACUAAAGAGGGCGGAACUAUUAUGAGUGACAGCAGAGUGUCCCGUAAGAGAGAUCGGCAGAGUUCCGGCACUUUAAACGCCACUCUUAAUCGCAGUCUGUCUCCUAAGUCCCAUAUGCCACUGUCUCAGAGCUCAAGCUGUGGUAGUGUACUGCCUCGUACCCUAUCCGUCACCUCCCGUGACCUGGACACUCGCCGACUGAUCAAGGAAGCAAAAAAUCUAAUGGUGGCAUGGUGGCUUAAGACUUUUGCGCAGUAUUCAGGUCAGAUGUUUCUAAAUGAUGAGAGGCAGAGAAUGAGUGAGAUGUCAAAUAGGGCGGUUUCAGAGACAAACGUCUACCUGGAUACGUUUCACUACAUGGAUAACGGACACAACUUUGACACGAUGAGUGUGGACAGCGCGGAGAGCCUGGAAACCAGCAUUUCCGCAUGUUCACCUGACAACAUUUCAAGCACCAGCACAGCUAACAUGAUGAAGAUAGAGGAGAUGGAACGCAUGCUGAGAGAAGCUCAAGCCGAGAAGCACAGAUUACUGGAGCACAGGGAGCGAGAGAUGGAGUUGCGGAGACAGGCUCUUGAAGACGAGAGGAGGAGAAGAGAGGAGUUGGAGAGGAGACUUCAGGAGGAGACGAACAGACGACAGAAGAUGGUGGAGAGAGAGUCUCGGCCGUUGACACGUUACCUGCCGGUAAGGAAAGAUGAUUUUGACCUGAGAGGUCACAUCGAGGCAGCGGGUCAUCAUCCCGGGACAUGUUUUCACCUGGCCAUCACCGAGAAGACCUGCAGAGGCUUCCUGGUCAAAAUGGGUGGAAAGAUCAAAACCUGGAAGAAGCGCUGGUUCGUCUUUGACCGUAACCGCAGGACGCUGGCGUAUUAUGCUGAUAAACAUGAAACCAAAAUGAAAGGUGUGAUAUACUUCCAAGCCAUAGAAGAAGUGUACUAUGACCAUCUGAAGAAUGCACACAAGAGCCCGAACCCCUCCCUGACGUUUAGCGUGAAGACGCACGAUCGAGUCUAUUACAUGGUUGCUCCUUCUCCAGAGGCCAUGAGAAUCUGGAUGGAUGUUAUCGUCACCGGAGCGGAAGGAUACACCCACUUCCUGGUGUGAUCGGGUCUUUGUUAAACAACCCAAAGUGACCUUCACGGUUCUGACAUUUUUUUUUAAUUAUUUCUCAAAUAUUUGGACUGAUCUCGAAAUCAGCAGGUUGGAAGACGGCCUGGCCUGAAGUCCUGCACUCAACCAUGAGAUGUUUUGGAAGAACGAUCCUGUUUGAUGUUUUAAAGGCAGCUUUUAGACUUCAAAGGUAUCUUUUAACAGCUUUUGAAUUGUUCGACCAUAUUCGACCCCCUUGCCCAUCAUUUCCAGGAUAGGACUACACACAGUAUAAGAAAACACUCGUGUGGUCUUUAAAAGCAUUCUGCAAAGUGCAAACUGGCCACGAAGCUUUGACCUGAAUAUACCUCAAUGAAACAACUGGUGUUUCUCUCUUUUGCUCAUUAAAAUGAUGCCAAAGACUUCCUGAUGUGCCAAACAGACUGUAACGUUACCACAGUGGACCUUAACAAAUCAGUAUUCAGGACUGUUUUUAUAUUCUGUACAUAAAUUUAGCUGUAGCAUCUACUACUUAAAACACUUAUUAGUGUUAUUUCGUAUUUACCAGUUGUGCCUCCCUGUUGCUCAGGAAUAUCACGGAUGUGUUAUUAUAUAUAUACACCAAAGACGAGCUGAAUUUGUAUUUCAGCAUACUUGAAUGUAAUGCCAUAUACCCAUCAUUUCAGAUAAGUGUCUAACAGAUGUAUUUAUAGCACUAAAAUCUAGACAGGGAUAUGUGGACAAAGCUGAAUCUGAUGAUGUAUUAUUAGAUGCACUGACCUCUUGUCAUUGAUUAUAAUGAGAGCGCAGUACCACAACUGACCAGCAGAGAUCAGUUUUCUUGUAGUCACGUUGUAGGGGUUACUUUUAUGUGACCGAAAAAGUCAAACAUGUAAAAUGUUAAUGGUUUAACAACAAAUCUAUAUGCAUGACUAAGCUAAUAUUUAGUAUCUAAAAUAUAUUAUGAAGUAUUUAGGAUCAUUUAUUGAAUUUAGAUUUCGUGAAUAUUAAUGCAAAAAGGGUUGAUUUAUUAAGAUGUCGGUACAGGCGCUAUAUGGUAAACAAAGCUUUGCAUCACGCUGUGUUGUGAGCUGUUAUUCAUCCGGAUAUAAAAAUAUAUCAGACAUCUGUUUGGCAAAUGCAAAAAGAGUCUUAGCUGACUUAUCAGUACUUCAUUAUUUUACUGGGGUACUCAGGGUUCCCACAGGUCCUUGAAAUCUUUAAAAGUUUGUGAAUCUGGGGGGAAAAAAUUCAAGGCCCUGGAAAGUUUUUGAAAAUAUACAUACAUAGAUACAGGUCAUUGAAAGUGCUUGAAUCUAUUUUAUAUAAGAAGUUUUCUGGAAAAAAAAUCAAUAUUAUUCCCUGAAGUGUAGUGUAGGAUAAUAUCAUCAAAAUUCUAGACUUUUUAAGUACACGUGCUAAACUGUUCGCUUUAAAUGCUUAUAUUAUCUUCUGUAUGCGAAUGUUGAUUCAUACCAAAAUGCUUUUUUGCAUAUUUGUGUUUGACACAUGAAAACGUCUCGGGUUACGUAUGCAACUGAGAAGGGAACGAGACGCUGCGUCUCCCUUGCCAUACUUCAUGCGUCCCUGUAACGCCGUCUUUGGCAAUAUUUCAGAUAGCGAUAUACUUCCUGGCUUCCGUGUAACCCUGUCUUUGUCGUUAAGCCUCACCAUUGGUUGAAUUUGAUAUACACGUUCAGACGCACUUACCCCUGGAGGCGUCCCCAAAGUGUCACCGCAGUGACACAGCGCGAGUUCCCUCGAAAGGGAACUGUAACGAUGUAUCUUAAAAGGUAACACGAUGUAACCUUGCUCUCACCUGAAAUGUGUCCCCACAUUUAGUCCUUGAAUUUGAGGGUAUUGGACCUGGAAAGUCCUUGAAAGGUCCUUGAAUUUGAAGUUAACUACGGUGUGGGAACCCUGGGUACUGCAAAUAUGCAUUUUAUGAAUAGAUGUAAGCAAUAGUUAAGAAUGAAAUAAGCUGAAUAAUACUGAACCCAUAUCUUCAGAUAUUAUGUGUGUCCUUAAUCAGAUUCAGCAGGUAGACAACACAUUCCUGUAAAAGAACAGAAGUGUCAUAUGGACAGUAGCAUACAAUAAUUAGCUAUUUAAUAUAUAUAUCAUGAUAUUUUUGUAUUCAGUCUUUUCAGUAUUUUUUAAACCCCUAAGUGUUUAUGGGAUAAAAGCAAUAUUUUUAUCAUAAGCAUGAAUUUUAUUCUCAUUUAAAUGUGAACUAUAAUUAAAAAUAUGUAUGAGUUAAAUAAGUACAGCUUGA